GGCAGAAUACUGUUUGAAAAACUACUUUAGACGAACGUGUUCGUGUUUAUGUUAUUUAAAAGUCAUAUGUUAGUGAUACUAUAUAAUUUUAUAAUUUUUUAUUACGUUAUUGUUUAGGAGUUCGACUGAGUGUUUAUGUAUUUAUUUAUUUUCAUUGUAUAUUUAAUUUAUAAUAUUAUUGGGUCGACAAGAAAGCUUCCAACAGCUCGAUUCUCCCAAACUAAAAUAUCAAAAUGAAAUCGGGUAGUUCGAAACUCAGCAAGCACGGCCAAUCUAUAGUCGACAUGUUCUCCAAGCAAGCCGCCAAAAGAAAACAAGCAGACUUCGAUGACGGUACACAACAUCAACAAACAAAAUUGCAAAAGUUGCAAGACAAUACCACAGAAGAUGGUCUCUCGACAUUAAACAAACAUAAUAAAGAGAAUCACGGUCCGCAAUCAAAGCAAGCCAACAACCAUACCGAAAAUAAACUCAUACAGAAAGUUCAGAUUAUAAAAACGAAUAAUUUUCCUAGAAAAUGUGAAUAUUGUUGCCAGAAAUUGAACAAUGAGAUGAAACUGUAUCCUGGACACCCAAACAAUGCGGUAGACGAAGAUAUUGCCUUAACCGAUCCAAGAUUGUGCUUGUUCAAUGGAGACGAAUCGUUUGUACACGAUAGCGACUAUCUUCCUCAGAAUAAAUUAACUCACUUCAGUGUGUACGAUAAAAAUGGUCAUCUGUGUCCCUUCGACACUGGCCUCAUCGAAAAGAAUGUCCUGUUAUAUUUCUCUGGAUACCUGAAACCCAUCUACGAUGAAGAUCCAUCUCCGGAAGGUGGAGUGCCAGCGAAAGACAUGGGUCCUUUAAACGAAUGGUACGUGUCAGGCUUCGACGGAGGAGAACUAGCUCUCAUAGGCUUCAGCACAGCGUUUGCUGAAUAUAUUCUAAUGGAGCCAUCGGAUGUGUACUCUCCUUUCAUCGAUGUGGUGAAAGAGAAGAUAUACAUGAGCAAAUUGGUCAUAGAAUUUCUCCUGAGUGAGAUUAGUCCCACUUACGAGGACUUGCUCAAUAAACUCCAAAUGGUAGUGCCACCCAAAGGGAUGAAAAAGUUCACAGAGGAUUCUCUGCUACGCCAUGCACAGUUUGUGUGCGAUCAAGUAUUGUCGUUUGACAAUGCUGCGGAGACUGACGAAGUCCCUCUUAUUACGAAUCCUUGCAUGCGAUCAUUGGCAAGUCUUGCUGGGGUUACGCUGGGGAAAAGAGCUGCACUACGUAGGACACAUAGGGAACAGAAAGUUAAAAAACCUAGCUGGACGAAGGCAACUACUACACUGUUGGUUAACGAUAUGUUUGAGAAUAUAUUUGCGGAUCAACUGGUUAAACACGAUGAGAAAAUAACAAUGGUAAAUAUUUAUAUCAAAGGAUAUUACUUAUUUUUGGUGUUAUAUACUUAUCGUUUGGACUUUGUUAUACUACAGGGUCCUAGGAGGCAGAGGUGUGGAGUGUGCGAAAAUUGUCAGCACCCAGACUGUGGUUCUUGCAACGCUUGCAAGGAUAUGAUCAAAUUUGGAGGAUCUGGAAGAAGCAAGCAGGCUUGCAUCAAGAGGAAGUGUCCAAACAUGACCAUUCAAGAAGCAGAUGAUUCGGAUCCUGAGAACGAAGACCAGUACGAAACGAUCGCGAUGAAGCAGUCUGAGAGCGAAGACAUCAGGAUGAAAGUUUUCAAGGAACUCAGAAAAGACAUCGCAUGGAUAGGAGACCCAAUCGCUGUCGAUAACCAGAGAAUCUUUUAUAAAUCUGUUAUGCUGGAGAGCGAAGAGGUACAUGUGAAUGAUUAUGUCCUCAUCGAGCCAAGAAACUCAGCGAAACCAUCCCACAUCGCCAAGGUUAUUUACAUGUGGGAAACCAAGAGUGGAAUGAAGCAGUUUCAUGCGAGUUGGUUCCACAGAGGCAACGAUACCAUUCUUGGAGAAACAUCGGACCCUGUAGAAUUGUUUCUCAGUGAUGAUUGCGAUGAUGUGCCCAUUAAAUCUAUUCGAUCGAAGUGCACUGUUGUUUUUAAAAAGGUGCCUGACGAUUGGGCUGUGUUAGGUAACACGAAUUUAAGCUUCAAAGACGACAUGAAAGUCAACGCAGAUGGCAAAACAUUCUUUUACCAGCUGCGUUACACUCCUGAGACAGCCAGGUUUGAAGAUCCUCUGCCAGACUUAGAGUGUAUCCAAAAAGAAAAUAGUUAUAGAUUCUGCCCUGUGUGCGAUCAUCUAAGGACAUUAGAACAGUUUAAUACACCAAAGGUCUGCGAACGAGUGGAAGCGAAGAGUAGUAGAGAAGUAAUCUAUCAAGCAGUGAAAUACAGGGGCGAAGAGUACAGAGUUGGCACAGCUGUGUUUCUCCAACCAACAGUUUUUCAAUUUCAAUAUAAGAUAACAUACCAAGCUUCGCAAACUUUGAAAAAGAAAAUUGUAGACGAAGAUAUGUACCCCGAAUACUACAGAAAAUUUUCUGACCACGUAAAAGGUUCCAAUUUCGAUACUCCGGACCCUUUUUGUAUAGGGUAUAUAAAGGAGAUAUAUGCUAGCACCGAUGACUUGCUCGUCUCGCCUUGUGAUAUUAAUAUUAGAAUAAAUAAAUUGUAUAGGCCUGAAAAUACUCAUAGGAACUAUACGCUGAUGGAGCAAGCCGAUCUGAACAUGGUCUAUUGGAGCGAAGAAGUCUGCGAUGUAAAAUUCACUGAAGUAGUUGAUAAAUGCUACCUUACGUACUCUGAAAAUUUACACCAGUCUGUCGAUGAGUGGACUGCUGCUGGACCAAACAGAUUCUACUUUAACGAAGCCUACAACGUGAAAGAGAAAACGUUCGAAGAGCCACCUAAUCAUGCUAUUACCAUAGGAGAAUAUGGUAAAGGUAAAGGCGGUUCGAAGGUGAAAGGCAAGAGGACAGAGGAAAAACAGAAGAACGCAGCUGUUAACAAACCUAUCGAGUACAAAGCGAUUGCUAGAAAAUUGAAGACAAUGGAUGUCUUCGCAGGCUGUGGUGGGUUGUCAGAAGGUUUUCACCAGGCUGGUAUUUCUGAAAACUGUUGGGCCAUCGAGAAGGAGGAACCUGCUGCUUUUGCAUACCGGUUGAACAAUUCCAAAGCAACAGUGUUUACGGAAGAUUGUAAUGUGUUACUAAAGAAAGUUAUGGAUGGUGAACUGAUGGAUGGAAUUGGCCAGAAGCUUCCGCAGAAAGGAGAAGUGGAGUUAAUGUGUGGCGGUCCACCAUGCCAAGGAUUCAGUGGCAUGAAUCGCUUCAAUUCGAGACAGUAUUCUUUAUUCAAAAGCUCUCUUAUCGUCUCCUAUUUAUCCUACUGCGAUUACUAUAGGCCUAAGUUCUUCGUUAUGGAGAACGUGAGAAAUUUUGUGUCUUUUAAAAGGAGUAUGGUGUUGAAAUUAACAUUGCGAUGCUUGGUUCGCAUGGGUUAUCAGUGUACAUUUGGUAUUCUCCAAGCUGGGAACUAUGGAGUUCCUCAAACGAGGAGAAGAAUGGUGAUCAUGGCUGCUGCGCCAGGAGAGACGCUGCCUAAUUACCCAGAGCCCACGCAUGUGUUUAGUAAACGUGUCUGUCAAUUAAGCGUACUAGUUGAUAACAAGAAGUAUAGUUCCAAUUGUACUUGGACGGAGUCGGCGCCAUUUAGGACAAUUAAUGUAAAAGACGCAAUGUCCGACUUGCCAGAGAUAAAGAACGGAUGGAACAAGGAGGAAAUGCCUUACAACAGCGAGCCAAUGUCGCACUUCCAGAGAAAAAUAAGAGGAAAGCAUUAUCAGGUUCUGUUGAGAGACCAUAUAUGCAAAGAAAUGGCUCCUCUCGUAGAAGCUAGAAUGGCCCACGUACCAAUUGCUCGUGGCUCGGAUUGGCGUGAUCUGCCAAACAUUGACCUAAGAUUAAGCGAUGGAACUCAUUCAAAAAAAUUGGAAUAUAUUUACAACGAUAAGAAGGCUGGCAUGAGUACCACAGGAGCUUAUCGAGGAGUAUGCAUUUGUUGCACAGGAAAACCAUGCGAUCCAACCGAUAGACAAUUUAAUACCUUGAUUCCAUGGUGUCUGCCUCAUACAGGGAAUCGUCACAAUCAUUGGGCAGGUUUAUAUGGCAGAUUAGAGUGGGAUGGGUUCUUCGGCACCACUAUUACAAACCCUGAACCCAUGGGAAAACAGGGUCGUGUACUACAUCCCACCCAGACAAGAGUAGUAAGCGUUCGCGAAUGCGCAAGAUCUCAGGGAUUCCCAGACUCCUUUCGCUUUUAUGGGACCAUUCUUGAUAAACACAGACAGGUUGGAAACGCAGUUCCCCCUCCACUCGGUGCAGCCAUUGGCUAUCAGAUAAGGAAGUGCAUACGAGUCGAAAAGCACGAAUCCGAGAGCCACGUAGAUACUCAAUUAAAAAUUGAAUGUAUGGAGUCCUCCAGUGUAAGUUGUACAAACUUUUAAGAACUAGUUAAAAAUUGUACGUUGGAGAUGCAAGUAUUAGUUUACGUAUCGAAAAGAAAUCGAAAUGUUCGCACAUCAUUAACUUUACGUAGCUUUGUAUAUUAAUAUCUUUCGGAAGAACUGAAUCAACUUUGUUAUUGCUUCUGUGAAUUGAAUCAUGUUUUAUUGCUUUUGCGAAUGGUACUCUUUUAAACAGACUUUUAGUUUACGAUAAAAAAUAUUCCUUUUACACAUAUACACACACCUCACUGAUUUACCCUCUUCCUUCGAACAGAUUUUUUAAUUUACUGAAUCAACUGUGUUAUUGCUUUUGUGAAUUGAAUCAUGUUUUAUUGCUUUUGCGAAUGGUAGUCUUUUAAGCAGACUUUUAGUUUACAAUAAAAAAUAUUCCUUUUACACAUAUACACACACCUCACCGAUUUACCCUCUUCCUUUGAACAGUUUUUUUUAAUCUACGAUACAAAAUAUUCCUUUUAAACAUGCACACAAAGUUCCUCGCUGAUUUACACAGCAAUGAAAAGAGUCGAAGGGACCAUUACGUGUUAAUAACUUAAGAAUAAUUUAAGAAAUUUAUACAUUAAUACCUAAUGAGCAACUAGCGUUACAGUUUAUAUUAUAAUAUCAUUAAAAAUUCUGUUGUGUGUGGACAGUAUUAGCGCCAAAUGAUGGCAGUAAUGUUCUCUAUUCGUUACUCAUCAACUCUCUGCGUUCGAGAGAUGACUAUUAAUUCUCUCCAGCGAAGAGAGUUGAAUAUUUACAAUAUGUUGAAGAAUGUUAAUGUAUUUUAAAAGUUAGAGUCUUGUACAAAUUACCAGUAAAGCUUAAAAUUCUCUUUAUACGUAUUUGUGAUUGGAAUGACGAUGUAAAUAAAUAGAAUCAUUUGGUUUCGCAGUGACAUUAAUGUUGCGUUAGGUUUCUUUGCUGCCAUGUAAAACCUCGUGAAAUAAAUAUUGGAAGAUGUU